AUUCUCUCGGAUCACUAUCACUUCUCUGAUUUUCAAGAUGAAGCAAACACUGCUGUUCACGUUAAUGUUUGCUUUUCUCAUACAAAUAAAUGGAUUGUCCAUAUUCACGGACAGCAGUGGCAACAGUUCAUCUUUACUGGACAUGAGUGAUCCGGACUCCAAAAAUACGGACGUCUUCCGACAACUACUAAACCAAGAAACAAUCAUCAGAAUGUCACUGGUGAAGAACGUUCACGCUUUAAUGAAAGACAUGCUGGAUCUGAAGAAAAGUAUGGAGACAUUGGAAACAUCCCAGCAGAAAACAGAUAUAGAGAUGGCCACCUUAAAACAGGAGGUUGAUAAACUGAAAAGAGAAAACCAAAGACUUGAACUUGAAAAUAGGCAAUAUGAAGAAACUUUCAGAAUUGUUGCAGAAAAUUUCACCAAAGUCGACGAACACAUUCAACAGGUUGUGGAAGAGUUGGAGGAGAAAAGAGAACGUUUUGAGAUAAACACUAGUGUAGUCCUGGCGGAUCUUAAAGUGGAAGUUCGGUACCUGUCAGUGACCCUUCUGGACUUAAAUAAACACACUUUGGAAAUGGACAGGAAAUUUCCUGAAAUGAUGAAGGAAAAAUAUGAACAGUUAUCUUUGAGAUUGAACACUUCUGUGGAGAACUUGAACAAUGAUAUAAUGACGACAAAUAAAACAAUAUUACAAUCCGUGUCUGACCUCGAAAAAUCACAAACUAUUAUACAGAAUUCUAUAUCGGUGAACAUCAGCGAAACGUUAGAGGACAUGAUGGCGGAAGUAAAGCAAUCAAAGAAUGACCAACUGCAGCUGUCUUCUGCUGUGUCCUCUCUCGAGGUGUUCCGAAUGAAUUUGACGAAUAACAUACUAGGUAAAUCAAAAAAGGUAGGUUUCUCCGCCUCAAGGACUUCUUCCAGCUCAACAUGGAAUAGUGGGACUCUAGUUUUUCCUUCCGUCAUCACAAAUGAAGGAAAUGGGUACAACCCGAGUAACGGAAUAUUUACAGCUCCUAUCAGCGGAACCUACGUCUUUUUUGUCAAUGUUCAGAGUUAUGAUAAACAAACUAUCUAUGUAAAUAUUGUGUUGAAUGGAUCGACAAAAGUCAGGACUAUGGCAUGGAGUAACGGAAAGGAUUAUGAUUACGACUCGGGACCCAAUUUGGUUGUGCUUUCUAUCCAGAAGGGGGAUGCAGUAUGGGUCAAGCAUCACUCUGGUCAAGGUUAUUACAGCACUGGGCCAAUUACCACUUUUUCCGGUUUCCUUUUAUAAUUAGUUUUACUUAAUACAAGAUCAAUGUGAAUAAAAUACAGUUAACAAUGAUGAUAUAUGUUAUGUAUAUAAAUGAAUGAUCUUGUCACUUU